AUGGUUCAUUUAUAUAUCUAUCUGAUUUAUUUCCAUCAAUCAAAUUUAUAUAAUUUAUGUGAUAAAUAUUUUCGUACAUGGUUUGAUGAAGAUGAUUUAAUCAUAUCAUUAAUAAGUUAUAAUUUAUGUAAAUCUGGUAUAUUACUUGGACAAACAACAGCAGAAUAUAAUGAAUUAUAUAUACGUUUAAUUGAACACAAUUUUAAAUUAACUAAAAUUCAUGCAUAUGCAUCAUGUUUAUUUUUACUUGAAAGUCAUCAAGUUGAUUUAAAUAAAUUAUAUAAUACAAGAAUUAAAUAA